ACAUUCAACACAACACAACAGGUGUGAAGAGCAGAAACAUUCCCAGGUGGCGCAUGUUGAUAUGUGGCCACAGGAGCACAAUGUGAGCAUCUUUGCGCUUUUUUUUUUAAAGGGUUGAGCAACCCGUAUCCGAAAAUAGGGUUGGCUGUUAGAAAGUAGGUCGAUAGGAACUGAGAGCGACGUUUGUUUCCACGCUUUUGUCUGUGUUCUUUGUUGUUUAGCGAGGACUGUGGUUUUUUUCAUAGCCUACCCUUUAGUGAAGAGCGUUUUACGCACAGGUGGGAGAUGCCCGCUCAGCGUACUGUAGGACAGCCCCCCUCUCUGCUCCUCAGCGGAUGAUGUGAGGAAGUGACAUUUUUCACCGCUGCGGUUCGGGACAGCACUGCUCCGCUGCAAACAGGUGUGCUACCGUCCGGGUCACUUUUGCUGGGAAACCACGGAGAGGCAGCGUCCCAAAACCAGAACCAAGCCUUCUUGACACGGGACAGCGGGGACCACAGGAGGAGAAUCAACCCGGUCAAGUCUUUAUUAGCCUGGGCUGUUUGAACGGCUUCAGACAGAAAGAUAGAGAGAGAGAGAGAGAGAGAGAGAGAGAGAGAGAGAGAGAGAGAGAGAGAGAGAGAGAGAGAGAGAGAGAGAGAGAGAUGGCAACGAAAAAGGCGUGCGUGGAUGCGCCCAAAAGGAGCCGGAGUCCGGUCGUGUUGGAGGCGGAGAUGUUCAGUGAAUUUCAGGACUGGUGUCUCCGGACUUAUGGAGACUCCGGUAAAACAAAGACCGUCACCCGGCGAAAAUAUAACAAAAUCAUGCAGACACUGUUGCAGAACGACGAGAUGGAUGGCGUUUAUAUCGACAACAGCCACAUCAACGCCAAAUUCAAAUUUUGGGUGAAGUCUAAAGGAUUUCAGGUCGGGACCAACGUGUUGGGAGAGCACAACAAGAAAGGAGCUCCGGGGAAACCCGUCCUAUAUGUCCCGGUCAAGACAACGUGUUCAGAUGGGAAUUCGGCCCAAGACAACUCCUCCCUGAAGCGUGUAGCUGUUGUGGAAGACUUCUUUGACAUCAUCUAUGCCAUGCAUGUGGAGAUGGGUGCAGACCCCGGGAGAGCACCCAAACAUGCAGGCCAAAAGAAGACCUACAAAGCGAUAGCAGAGACCUACGCCUUCCUGCCCAGAGAGGCGGUGACUCGGUUCCUAAUGAGCUGUGGAGAGUGCCAGAAGAGGAUGCACAUCAACCCCAGCACUGCAGAGUUCAAAGAAAAUGACAGACCCACCUCACUGGUCCCAGACCUCAUUGAUUACAACAUGCCUCUUACUGCCACCUACCUGAAACAAAUGAAACUGCAGUGCAUGACUGCCACUGAAAGGGAUGACAGUUCGAUGAGCAGCGAGGACAUGAAUGGCGUUGAGCCUACAUGGGUGGCAGCUGAGCCGCCCCCCAUGCCUGAGCGCAGUCCACCUAACGGAGAGAGGGUCAGCAACCCAACAGCUGCCAUUAAAGAAGAGGACGAUGACGACUCCUCAGAGAGCGGCAGUGCCAACGGGCUGCCGGCCCUGACCUCCCCGGAGGUGCUGGCUGUGGGUGGGAACCCCCCAGAUGGUGGGGCCCCUUACAGGGAGGUGACAGAGAACGGGCUGAGCGCUCCCCUGGACUUUAGCACCACCUCACCCUCGUCCUCCUCAGAGGAUCAGCAGCCGGUCAAUCUGAGCGACAGACUGCUGCAGGCGGGCAGCUCGCCACCAAACUCUUACCCCGCAGACCCCAACAGGAAGUACUCCAUCAAAACAGAGUACACCAACAAGUCCCCUCCUUACAGUUCGGGAAGCUAUGACUCUGUAAAAACUGAACUGAGCAUGAGCGCAGAGGACUUGACCUCUGGUCGGGCACAGAUCAUUGACGACGACGAUGACGAUCAUGACGACCACGAUGACAGUGACAAGAUCAAUGACGCUGAGGGUAUGGACCCUGAGAGACUCAAAGCCUUCAAUAUGUUUGUGCGUCUGUUCGUUGAUGAAAAUCUGGACCGCAUGGUGCCCAUCUCCAAACAGCCCAAGGAGAAGAUCCAGGCCAUCAUCGAGUCCUGUAGCCGCCAGUUCCCAGAGUUCCAGGAGCGCUCCCGCAAGCGCAUCCGCACCUACCUCAAAUCCUGCCGCCGCAUGAAAAAGGGCGGUUUUGAGAUACGACCAACACCUCCUCACCUCACCUCUGCCAUGGCUGAGAACAUCCUCGCUGCUGCCUGUGAGAACGAAACCCGAAAUGCUGCCAAGAGGAUGCGGCUCGAUGUCUACCAACCGGAUGAACCUUCCUCUGUUGACAAGACCAACUCGAAGGACCCGGCCUCUGUGGCCCCGUCCGGGUUCACCAUCUCCAGCGCAGCUUUCGCCCAAGACCAGCUCUACACCAACGGAGGCCUCAACUACAACCUGCGGGGAUACGGGACAGUCGGCAGCAACCAGCAGAACUCUGGUGCUGCACAAACCAACGGUCCCACAGAUCUGAGUAUGAAGGCAAUCACCCCGUCCUCCAGCUCCAACAGUCACGGUCAGGGAGGCGGCGGUGGUGGAGCUUCGGCUCAGCUCAGCCCUCCGGAGGUCACGGCGGUGAGGCAGCUGAUCGCAGGAUACCGGGAGUCUGCUGCCUUCCUGCUGCGCUCAGCAGACGAGCUGGAAAACCUGAUCCUGCAGCAGAACUGAGUCCAAGCCAAACCUUCUCCUAGCCUGUCCAUCUCUGUCGCCCUCGUCAAUCACAUCAGGGCCAGACUUUGCGCAAAGACACAAAUGUCCAUGAGUGAUAGGCCUACUGCAGUGCACUGUGGGUAAUGUAGGUACGGUACCUUUACUUAUUCCCACGUGUUUAUGUAUGUAUGGACAGGCCAGAACAUAUCACAGGCUGAAAAAAUGUUUCUUUAUGCAUUUGGUUCACUUUGACCUUAGUGCCCUGUCAUCUGUAGCCAUUCAUCCCAUUCAGUUCAUUUUACCACUUCAACCUCCAUUCGUCUCAGGAAGCGAUGAUCUAUGUGGAAGAAUGAUCUGCAUUGGUGCACAGGGGAGAACUAGAACCCUAAACUAGCUGUGACCAUAAUGCCACAUUGGCUCGUUUAUGCAGAUGUUUGGGCAAAUUAGUAGUUAAAUAGCAGUGAUUUCGUGUCAUUAAUUUGUUUCUAUUUUUACUCAAGUGUAAACUAUGCUGUACAGUGGCAUCUUUUGAUUUGGUCGUCUAAACGACAACUCUCCAAAUUCACUUCUGUCUCUGGAAAAAUUUGGAGUAUUGCUUUCUAAAAGUCUGCAGAUGAAUCGCUGCUAAAUCCACUGACUUGUUGAUUUACAGCUACUAAAUGUAGAGAAGGGAAAAAUGGGACAGUGUUUGACAGUUUUCAUCUGAAAAGUUUGACAGAUCCGUCAAAACUAUACCUCGGUCCUGCUCUGUUGGAGUGGUUUCCAGAUUCUUAGGCAUGUGGUUACGAAGAAACAAAGACUCAUUACCCAACGUGACUUUAUUUUCAGUUAUUUUAUUAUGGAUAUUUCAUAUAUUCCUCAUUACUUAAAAAGAAAGGAGGCUUUUAAGAAGCCUGGGUAUGCAAAUUGAGGUCACAGACGUCAGGGAAACAAAAGGAGAUUAAUAUAUUGUUUAGACUCUUGGUUUAUAAGCAGUGCUACUGGAAAAGAGAAAAAAGGUGCAAUAUUGAAGAUAAUCAGUAAUGGUGUGCUUACUGAAAUGACUCUGUCAGACUUGCUGAAGCGUUUUAAGGCAAAAAGGUGGAGUACUUUAACACAAUCUCCUCCCGCUGUAACUGUCAAGUUGUAAAAAAAAACAAACUGAAAUGAUAUCCCAUGCAGCAUUGUAGCCAAUUUCAAUGUUGUUGUUUUUUGUGAAUACUGAUCUUUAUCACUAACCUCGUAACUGAGGCACUUUUAUGUAUUGGGAUCAGUCAUUCGUAGUGAUAAGGAAAUGGGACCUGGCAGAAAAAUGAGACUUAAUGUUGCACGUCUUAUUUAUUUAUUUUACUUUAAAGUGAUUUUUUGGGGUCGUUUUGUGAAGGAAUUGUCCUGUGAGUUUUUUUUUCCAAGUUAAAAAGGAGCACAUUGAGCUCACAUGCAUCGGUGUAACCCUAACAUCCACGUGGCUUUACUGGAUGUAGUGUGAGUGUGUGUGGACUGCUCAGACAAAAAAACGCCGUCUGUCUGUAUCACCCCGUCUGACCUCAGCUGUGUCAAAUUCUCUCUCUCAUCUCCAUCAUGUCUGAAAACACACUGUCUGAAAAGAAGCAAGAGACAAUCUUUGAAAAAGAUGUAAUCGCAUCACAGUUUACUCUCCCAGCUGUCUGCUAUGGUGUGUGUGUGUGUGUGUGUGUGUGUGUGUGUGUGUGUGUGUGUGGUCUGAGGGCACACAAGAGUACUCAAAGCAAAUCUAGAGCACAGUCUCACUCACAACAGACACUUUUAAUGGUGAGUCACUUGGCACAAAAACAUGUCGUGUAAGUGUGUGUGUGUGUGUGUGUGUGUGUGUGUUUUGUAUUCCCUUUUCUUUGGUUGGUGUAAGUGUUGGUAUUGACAGUAUGUUAAUUUUCUGUUUGUGUAUAAGUGGAGUGACCCAGUUUGUACGACAUCAAUCUGUGAAGAUUUAAUUCAGAGGCUGAGACAUUCCAAACAAGGACAAUGACUCUUCAAGCAGCCUAAAAGUGGCUCGCACCUUAUUGAUUUGUCAAAGUUUAAAGAGAUAUAUUUCUGUAUUUAUCACAAAUUUUAUCAAAUUCAUCAGUUAUUUAUCACAAAUCAGUCUAUUUCUCACCACCACCACCAGGCCGGUCUAGAGUUGGAUUUACAUGAUAAAUUUAACUUUUUUUUUCUUUAAUUCUCAUGUCAUGAUUGGGCUGCAUUACAUUUACAUUUAAAUAAUAGUUUCUAUUGCAAGUUUGGAAGCACUUUAUAGCUCAGGAUUAAGGUAAAAUAACACAGUGAUUUGAGUUUGUCUUUACCUCAUUUGGAAUAUCAGUUUCAGUUCAAACAUAUUAAGACCUGGUUGUGACAAAGGACAUAAGCAGCGCUCAAUCUGCUUUAUUGAUGAUUAUUAAAAAAAAGCAAAUGGCUUCUUUUUGAAAACCUUGUUAGAGCUCAUCGUGAACUCCUCAGUGGUCCAUAUGAGAGGUGUUUUAUAAAAUAGGCUUAGAAAAGCAGGACUUUUUGUAAAACUCCUGUCUCGAAUUAGCCUAACAAAUGGAACCAGGAUAAAUCUGUUUCAUAAAGCUGGUUUGGACUUAAUGUGAGCAGUCAAAGUCAAGUCAGGUUUAUUUCAUUUCAUCAAGUGUUGCUCAUAUGAACCCACAGAGAAUAAACAUCUGAAUCUGCAGCUCCCCAGUGCUUUCGGGAGCUUUAUAGUGAGUUUCAGCUCAUUGUUGAGCUGUCUGGCUGCUUUGGUUUACUCUCAAUACUCUCAUAAAAGUCAUUUUCAGCAGGCAGCUGUUUUCAGAGAAAAAUCUCUAAAAACCCACUGUGCACUUCUGCUCAGCACAAAACAGAUGACAGACACAAUUAGAGACUAGCUGGUGAAUAUAGUUCAAUGAUAGUGGAGCAUUUAGCAGCGAAAGAGCCUGACAUUUCUGUUGGGAGUUGGUGGAGACCAAAACAGAGUUAAAAGAAGAGGGAAUAUUAGACUUACAUUCACCAGGUGAACAGAAAAACAGCUCACAAUGUUGCUUCAUAACGGCUGGAUAUGUAAAUAGACUUUUUGCUAACAACACAUCAACUUAAAAUGUGAUGAUAAAUAGAUUAAAUGUUGUGUUCACAACUUGUCUCGCUGCCCCCAAGUGGUAAAACAAAAAAUCAGUGUUUGCAGGUUCAAGUUAUCUGUUAGAUUAGGCAUCUUGAGCUCAGAUUUUAAUUGCACAAUUAAGUGCAUUCCAUGUCAGUAUGUGACCUAAAUUUGUUGUUUGAGCGCAUCAGACUCUCCCAGUGCAGCAGUAAAGAGGAAAGCUUUAAGAGAACACCAUGUUUCAGUCUGGCAGAUUCAUUGUGAUACUGUUGAAGCCUGAGCUGAAGCUAAGCCUGACUUAGGUCAGACUUCUCCAACCUCCUUUAUGAAACAGAAUUUCCCAACUGACUGGAACUGGUACUGUUGGUUUGAUGAAGCACCCCUCUGGGCUCAAACAGACGUAAUCAUAGAUGUACGAGGGACCUGAGUCCUCACAUGUCUUCCUCGUCUCUUCCAACAUGCUCGUUUGUCCCUGCAACCAUAGCAGAUAUUCACACUUCACGUCAAACUCAGUGAUGUCAUGCUGUCCCAUCCUCACAACCAAACAUCAGCUUGCAGGUUUGUAAACUGUCUUAAGUCUACGCUGAGCAACAUUUCUGUGGAGUUACUGUGAUCAACGACAACCACUUGUUGUCAUGUUGUUGUUUCUAAUAAUGCCCAAUGGAUUUUCUCUUUGUAUUGACUGGACAAUGUAAUCUAUUGGUGUUGAUUAAAAAUGCCCUGGUAGCUUGUGGAUUGCUAAAGUGGUCAGAUAAAUGUACUGUAUAGCUGUACAAAGAGUGAUAAAAAGAUGUUUUAAACCUUUUUUUCUGUGGGUUCAGCACUGUUAUAAAAAAAAAAAAAUCAAAGUGGUUUUAGCCCUUGCUUGUUUUAACUUAUCAUUUGGUGGUGGUCUGUAUUUCUUCUAUUGUUAUUUAUAUUAUUUCAAUUGUUGCCUCUCCUGCACUGAUACGAGACUGUAGCUCUGUGCAGGAGGUUGUAAUGUAAACCUGUGUGAAGCUUUGUAUCCCCCCCCCCCUCUGGUUUUGGACUCAGUGAAAGUGUGAUGUUUACAUGUACAGUUUUUCAGAAUAGUUUUGCGUUUUAUUCAGGCUAUAUUAUCUUUUCCUCACCUAUACUCCAAAUAUGUGUACAUUUCCCCAGAUAUUUUCCUUUUUGUUGUUUCAUUGCAUCAACGUGCAGACGUGACUUCUUUGACUACUUGGUCACUCGGUCAUGAAGUGUGCCGUGACAGCUGGUUGUGGUCGGCUCGGGGUUGUGGUGGCUUCCAGCAUUUUUUAAAAGGUAAAUCUUAAGUAAAAAGGGAGCUUCACAACUUCUCAAAGUGGACCAGCAAAGAUGUAUUAAGGAUCAACUUUAAUCAACUGCUUAUGAAUACUAUUGUGGCCUAAAUGGAGAUUGGUGGGGGUGUAGGUACAUUUAUUAUACAAUCCUACAUUAAGUGCUCAGAAUCUUUUAAUAUCCCGGCCGUAUUGUCAGGUAAAACUCCUUGUCCUUAACCUGACUGGUACCCUGAAGGGACACUUUGACCUGUUGUUAUAUCUCCUCGGUAACAUAAAAGCCAUUCCCCUCUCCUGGCCUUUUUAAGGGGAACCCAUAAACCUCAGGAAAUACUGAAUCUCCAAGUUUAGUUUUUAUCCACUCAUUUCUUCUGAAAUGAUUUAAAUCUCUUAACGAAAACCAUUAACAUUUAUAUGAGAUGUCUAUUGUUUUGUACAUUUAUCAUUGUGAUUUAAAAGUGGAGCUUUUUCCAGUACCUGUGACUUAAUAUUUUGAUUUUUUCCGAGUGUUUAUAGGUAUGGAUAUUUAUUAUUAUAUGUGAAACAAAAAGACAAAAGAAAAGGUUGAACCUGUUUCAUUUGUAUGUUUCAUGCAAAACUGUCCAGGUGAGAUUCUCUCCGCCUCUUACAUAUCACUGAUGAGGGACCUGUGUUUGUUUGGAAAUAGCGCUUUUUCAGUGUUGCAUCAACGCUAUGAAAAAAAAAACCCAGAAAAAAAACACCAGUGGUUUACCAACAGCAGAGUUGCAAGGCUUUCCUCUUUGCCUGGGAUGUCAGUAACUGAAUAAAAUAGUGCGAUGAGCUAUCUAA